AUGUCCAGCCAUCUCCCAUCACUCAAACGGGCCCAGACGGAUCUCCCGCCGCACUCAUCUAGUCCACUGCGACACGGGUCCACGGCCUCGACAAACUCAUCUGCGUAUUCAGUUGCGUCAAGCUCUUUCGCCCCAAGUCGGACCAGCACGGUGUCUUCCAAUGCAUCGAUUCCGAGCACUCUAGGUCGUCAUCGAGGAAAAAGCGAAGUAACCCCCGUCAAUAUGGACACGAUUGGACAACCAGGCUGGUCAAACGCCGGGGACGCGUAUCGGAAUAUUCGACAAUCCUUGCGACCUCUCCAACAAGCGCCCAAUGUCUCGCCUUCCGGACCCAAAUCGGGCGCGUACCGACACUCGCGCAGCCAUACUGUCGACGACCAUCAAUUUUCAAAAGAGUAUCGACCAACCACCCCCGAGACGCCCCAUGUCCAUUUCAAAGAGAAUGAAUCCCCUCGCCACAGAGUAGCCGCAUUUGAGCCCCAGACACCUCCAUCGGCGGCCUCACCUCGGCACUGGUCGCCUAACCCCUCUCAAGGGUCAUCACGCCCGUCCUCGCCACAGAAAACACUGUCAAAUAGCCCUCAUCCACCACCGCUCACCACUGCCUUGUCUGCACCCGAACUAGAAACUUUUCAGAAGUCAUCAACGCGCCAUCUUCGAACCCUGUCGAAAAUCGCGCAGUCCGGCGAAACCGAGGAGUUUCAAUUCGGCACGACGACCGCAUCCGUGGUGGGUCUCCAGGGACGGCGACGAUUAAAGCGUGCAGAUUCGGUUGCGGGUGGAAGAAAUGGUGCAGUAUCUCCGGAGAAGCCCAAGGCGUCAUCGUGGGCCGCAGGAAACUGGAUGGACCAGCAACGGCAAUUUUUGCAAGCCUACGAGUACCUUUGUCACAUCGGAGAAGCCAAGGAGUGGAUUGAGAAUGUGAUUCAGAAAGAAAUUCCACCCAUUGUUGGAUUAGAGGAAGCUUUACGGGACGGUGUCACCCUGGCCGAGGUGGUGCAGGCCAUGUACCCGGAACGGACGCUCCGUAUCUUUCGACAUGCAAGGUUGCAAUAUCGCCACUCUGACAAUAUUGCUUUGUUUUUCCGUUUUCUCGACGAUGUUGAGCUGCCAGAGCUGUUCAGAUUCGAGCUGAUCGACCUCUACGAAAAGAAAAAUAUCCCCAAGGUCAUCCACUGCAUCCACGCGCUUUCUUGGCUGCUCUUUAAGAAUGGUAUGCUCGACUUCCGUAUGGGUAACCUUGUUGGUCAACUGGAGUUUGAGCAUCAUGAGCUCGAACAAACACAGAAGGGCCUGGACAAGGCGGGCGUUAGUAUGCCCAGCUUUGCAGGCAUGGCGGCAAACUUCGGUGCUGAGCCAGAGCCCGAGCCUGAACCAGUGGAGUCGGAAGAGGAGCGCAUUGACCGUGAACUGCACGAGAACGAGCACUUGAUUGCGGAAUUCCAAGCUCAAAUCAAAGGCGCUAUGCUUCGCUUGAAGCUUGGCAAUAUGAUGAACGACCUUUGGGAUUUUGAGCCUUUGCUUAUCGAAUUGCAAUCUCGUUUGCGUGGAGACUGGGCGCGCCAAAUUAGUCAAUAUCGACUAAGCAUGCGUCAGUUUGCCACUCAACUACAAGCCAUCAGUCGCGGGUUUAUUAUUCGUCGCCGUCAACAAGGAGAGAUGCAAUGGCGAAAGGCCCAAGAGUCCGAUAUUUUGCAGCUUCAGAGUCUCAUCCGUGCCUCCAAAGUGCGAUCUGAAGCGCGUCUCCUGCAGACUCGCGCCCGGCAAGACGAAUCUGGAAUCAAGCAAAUCCAAGCCGCCAUUCGCGGUGCAUUACGUCGGAGAGAUGUUGCCGACCAAUAUGAACAGACUCGAUAUGCCGAAAAUAAUGUUACGACCCUUCAAGCAAUGAUGCGUGGUGCUUUGCAACGAAAGCAAAUGAGUGUACAGUCUCGGGAGGUGGAGCAAGCCAGCAACCCCGUAAAAUCGCUGCAGGCAGUGAUUAGAGGAACUAUUGCCCGCCAACAUUUGUCACAAAUCAAGGCCUCUCUUCAACACGAAACUCCUUCUAUCACCUUCAUUCAAUCUGCAGCCAGGGCUCUGGCAUCUCGGACCCGCCAAUCGCAGCUUCUGGAAAGCCUGUCAAAGACCGAGAGCCAAUGUAUUGCUCUGCAAGCCUUGGUCCGAGGUGCAGCUGUGCGAGCAAGUAAAUCUGCCCUUCGUUCUGAGCUAUCGCAGCACGCAUCUUCUACCACUAUUCUCCAAGGGAUUGCCCGAGGAAAUGCCUUGCGAAAUUUCUUGGAGGGGCAGCAGAACUCUCUUAAGAAGGAAGAACACAUUAUCUUGGAUUUGCAGUCUGCAGCCCGAGGAGCGAUCGAGCGCCGGCACCUGGCUGCAGAGCGCAAAGCCUUAGAGGAACAUGAGCCUACCAUUGUGGAUCUUCAAGCGCUUACGCGGGCCGCAAUACAGCGUAUCGAAAUUGGCGGAAUUCUUGCCUGUCUUGACGACAGUGAAGAAGAGAUCGUCCAGCUUCAAUCACUUUCGAGAGCAAUGCUUGUACGGGUUGAGGUCGGCCAGAUGCUUGCUGACCUCGAAGCCGAUGAAGAUAUUAUCACAGAUCUCCAAGCCCGCAUCCGCGGUGUGAUAGUAAGAAACCGGUUUGAGGAGAGGCGCCGGCAUUAUAAUGAGAAUAUGGAGAAGGUCAUCAAAGCUCAGAGUGUCAUAAGAGGUCGCAUCCAGGGCCAAGCCUACAAGAGCCUGACUAGCGGCAAGAACCCACCUGUUGGUACAGUCAAAGGCUUUGUUCAUCUGCUUAACGACAGUGACUUUGAUUUCGAUGAAGAAAUUGAAUUCGAACGCCUGCGCAAAGUGGUUGUUCAGCAAGUCCGCCAAAAUGAGCUUGCAGAGCAAUACAUUAGCCAACUGGAUAUCAAAAUUGCGUUGCUUGUGAAGAACAAGAUCACUCUUGACGAAGUCGUCAAGCACCAGAAACACUUUGGUGGCCAUGUUGGGAAUCUCCUAUCCAACACUGAGAUUUCGUCCAAAGACCCCUAUGAUCUUAAGGCUCUGAAUAAGACCUCAAGGAAGAAGUUAGACCAAUAUCAGGUAUUCUUCUUCCUUCUUCAAACCCAAUCACAAUACCUUGCUCGUCUAUUCCGCCGACUUCGCGAGAUUAAUACAUCAGACAAAGAAUACGAAAGAAUCAGGCACCUGAUGAUGGGUCUUUUCGGAUAUUCUCAGAAGAGACGCGAGGAGUACUAUCUCGUCAAGCUUCUUGCCCGUUCUGCCAAGGAGGACAUAGAAACGUUCACAUCACUCCCCGAAUAUAUGCGCUGCAAUGCUUUCUGGAACAAACUCUUCGGAUCGUACGCAAAGUCGCCCCGGGACCGAAAGUUCAUGCGAGAUGUUUUGGGAACGGUUGUGAAAGAAUCUGUCAUUGAGAACCCUGAUCUUGACCUGGAGAGCGAUCCAAUCCAGAUUUACCGUUCUUCUAUCAACAACGAGGAGCUUCGAACAGGUCAGCGUAGCCGUCGGCGACCAGACCUUCCCCAUGAAGAAGCGAUCAGAGACCCCGAGACCCGAGAGUUAUUCAUUCAGCACUUGCAAGAUUUGCGCGAUAUUGCUGACCAAUUCUUUGCCGGAUUCGAAGAGUUUUUGUCUCGCAUGCCGUUUGGUAUUCGUUAUCUCGCCCAGCAAAUGUAUGAAGGUCUUCUUGCGAGGUUUCCCAAUGAGGAUCCUGGAUUUGUCCUCCAAAUAGUUGGUCACUGGGUUUGGAAAAACUACUUCCAGCCUGCCGUGCUUGAGCCAGAGAGGUAUGGAGUUGUGGAUCGGGGUCUCACUCAAGAGCAAAAAAGGAACCUUGGUGAAAUUGCCAAGGUCAUUGCGCAAGUGGCUUCCGGUAGACUAUUUGGUGCCGAGAACGUCUAUUUACAGCCGCUCAAUUCCUAUAUCGGCGAGUCCAUACAGCGGCUUGGACGUAUCUGGGGACAAAUGAUCACCGUCCAGGAUGCCGAGGCUUACUUUGACAUUGACGAGUUUAACGAUCUUUACGCCAAGGCAAAACCGACUUUGUACAUCAAGAUGUCUGAUAUUUUCUCAAUCCAUCAGCUGGUUGCCUCCGAGAUCGAUUUCCUGUGCCCGCACCCCGACGAUUUCCUUAAGCAGCUUGUGCGGGAUCUCGGAAAUGUGAAGAGCAACGAAAAUGAGUUGAUGAGCGUGAGCUCAACAGAAAUCAAUCUCACACUCAACCCAAAACUCGCCCAAACAGAAGACCCGGAAGCAGAAGUCAAGACGCUGUUUAUGGAAACGAAGCGAUGUAUACUCUACAUCAUCCGAGUUCAAAGCGGUGCAAAUUUGAUGGAUAUCAUGCUCAAGCCACCAACCACGGAAGAUGAGCAGCGAUGGCAUACGCUGGUACGAGAGGAGCUGAGCACAAACAACCCACGCCGAGGUGCCUACUCCGAGGCCAGCACUUUGAUUGACAUUGGAUCCAUGGGCUAUACAGAGCUCAAGGGGAUUGCCCUCGAGAACAUUCUUCGUCUUGAGCAAUUCGGGAAGAUCAGUCGCCACAAUCAUUACCAAGAUCUCCUCAACGCUAUUGCUAGUGAUAUACGCACAAAGCAUCGUCGACGGAUCCAGAGAGAGCGCGAGUUGGAAGGCGCACGAUUGACGUCAGCUCGUCUCAAUGACCAAGCCAUUUACCUGGAUCAGCAGCUGAAGACUUACAACGACUACAUUGAACAGGCUAUGAUUACUCUUCAAAACAAGAAGGGAAAGAAACGAUUCCUUAUGCCUUUCACGAAACAAUGGGACCACCAACGAGAACUCCAGAAGUCGGGCAAGGUGUUCAAAUUUGGUUCAUACAAGUACUCCGCUCGCACCUUAACUGACCGAGGUGUCUUGGUCUCCUGGAAGGGCUACUCCGAGAGACAAUAUGACCGUGUGGAUCUGACAAUUUCCAGCAACGAGGUUGGAGUGUUCACCAUUGAUGGCAGCAGUGGCAACAUGAUGGUUCCUGGCGCCAACGCUCAAGUGCCUCUGGACGACUUGCUGCAAGCCCAAUUUAACAACACACAAUUUAUGGACUUUUUCGACGGACAGAUGCGGGUUAACGUUAACCUCUUCUUACAUUUGAUUAUGAAGAAGUUCUACAACGAAUAA